GGACCAGUCCAUAGCCGUUUAAUGAUGUUGCGACGAGUGUCACAACUACAGAGCGUCCUCAUCUUGGCCUCUUCUUCUUGUAAUCACUCUGCUACUCACCUCAUGACUACAUUUAGCUGCAUUGAUCACAUAUAUAUACCCCUCUUGGUAUCAUGUCAAUCUGUGCUAUCGUUAUAACUUUUCUCCGUACACAUUCGUGCCAUUUCUUUGUUUUAUCCUUGUUGGUAAGACCAUAUAUUUUAAAUAAGUGUAGAGAGUGUUUUAUAUUCAUGAAUAUGGUUGAUUCGAGCCCAAACCCUCCUCUCCUUGCAAGCUAUGCACAGCUUGCACGUCGCUCUGGUGAGGCCUUGGGUGAAUUCUGCCAGAAAAAUGAGAUAGUGAUGGAGGAAUGUGAGUUGCCUUUGAUUGAUCUUGGUGGUCUAAGAAAUGGGAAUGAAGCGGAGAAGCUUGCAUGCGUUUCUGCAAUAUGUAAAGCUUCAUCAGAAUGGGGGUUUUUCCAAGUAGUGAACCAUGGUAUAAGCCUUGAGUUGCUUCGGAAAAUGAGGACAGAACAAAUGAAGCUGUUUGAGUCAUCUUUUGAACAGAAGUAUAGUUGCGGCCUGCUCAACAAAUCAUAUAGAUGGGGCAAUCAGACUGCUACUACUACGAAACAACUAUCGUGGUCUGAGGCUUUCCAUGUUCCCCUUAGCAAGAUUUCGGAAGAAGCUUGUUGUGGAGAAUUUAAGUCCUUAAGGCAAGUGAUGGGAACAUAUGCAGGCGAGAUGCAAAAGUUGGCCAGAAUGCUAGCAAGAGUACUUGUGACAAACAUGGGAGAAGAAAGAGAAGAGGUGUAUAACAUUUGUGAUGAAAGUACAUGUUUUUUACGUCUGAAUCGCUAUCCAGUCUGUCCUGUAGCUUCUGAUGUAUUUGGUUUAGUCCCACACACCGAUAGUGAUUUUCUCACCAUUCUUCAUCAAGAUGAAGUUGGAGGGCUUCAACUGAUGAAAGACUCUAAAUGGGUAGCUGUUAAGCCUAAUCAAGAUGCACUCAUUGUCAACAUUGGCGAUCUUUUUCAGGCAUGGAGCAACGAUGUCUAUAAAAGUGUAGAACAUAAGGUGAUGGUGAAUACAAAGGUGGAAAGAUACUCAAUAGCCUACUUUCUGUGUCCAUCCACUGACUCUGUAAUUGGGAGCUGCAAAGAGCCUUCUGUUUACAAAAAAUUUACUUUUGGAGAAUACAGAAGUCAGAUUCAGCAGGAUGUUAAAAAGACUGGACAUAAGAUCGGUCUGCCAAGGUUUCUUAAUUGUGAUCAGUCACUUAAUUAUUGCACAUUAUGAACUGUUCUCCCCAAAUCAAACCAAUGUACUUGUGAACGACAUGUCUCACUCGGAAGGAGGAUCCAAGAGGGUGAAUUAAUCUCCCGUUAUCUGUAAAUCUUCAUCAAGCACCCCUGUGGAUUCUACAUCCUCAUUCAAGCUGCUUCUGUCUCAAUAUUUCGUUUUUUUUUUUU